AUGAAGAGGGGGCGGGUCCUGGCCGUGCUUGUGGGCGGGGUCUUCUGCUUGGCUGUGAUUUCACUGUACCGCAUGCUGGAGAUGAUGCAGGGGGCGGAGCCUGAUCAUGGCAUGAACAUGCCUUACAAACAGGUGGAUGAAGAUUUGUCCCACCUGCAGCAGAAGAUUGACAAGUUGGAGCGUCUCCUCAUCAAUAACAAUCACCUGGUCGCUCGGCUGCGCGACACGCUGCUGCAUAAACAAUCAUCUAAGGGUAGGGGCGGGGCUAAUAUCAGCUCUGACUCCGCCCACAUCAGGGCUGGGCCUCUUCCUGGCUGCCAAUCGGCUGAGGAAAUGAAGGCUGAUGCUGCCGGCGUGCAGCUGCUGGAUGUUUAUGACUUGCUGCCCUUCGACAACCCUGAUGGCGGCGUCUGGAAGCAGGGCUUUGACAUUAAGUAUGACGGCGAUGAGUGGGCGGAGCAGCCCUUGGAGUUGUUUCUGGUUCCUCACUCACACAACGACCCUGGGUGGCUGAAGACGUUUGACGGAUACUACCAGGAUCAGACCCGACACAUACUAGACAACAUGCUCGUGAAGCUUGGCGAGGACAGCAGGAGGAAGAUGAUCUGGGCUGAAGUGAGUUAUUUCUCCAAAUGGUGGAGCGACAUCGAUGAUCAGAAGAGAGCGAUGGUGAAACGCCUGGUGGAGGCGGGGCAGCUGGAGCUGGUGACAGGCGGUUGGGUGAUGGCGGAUGAAGCCAACUCUCAUUACUUCGCUCUGCUGGACCAGCUGAUGGAGGGCCACCAGUGGCUGCAGACUCACCUGGGAGUCAAGCCGAGCAGCGGCUGGGCCAUCGAUCCCUUUGGCCACUCUCCCUCCAUGACCUACCUGCUGAAAGGGGCGGGGCUUAUCAAUAUGGUGGUCCAGAGGGUUCACUACGCUGUGAAGAAGCACUUUGCCCAGCAGCAGACGCUGGAAUUUCUAUGGCGACAGAGCUGGGACUCUUCCUCCCGCAGUGACAUCUUGUGUCACAUGAUGCCUUUCUACAGCUAUGACGUCCCACACACGUGCGGUCCGAACCCGGCCGUCUGCUGCCAGUUUGACUUCCACCGCCUGCCGGGGGGGCGUGUCUUCUGUCCAUGGAGAAUCCCGCCUCAGCCAAUCACAGACCAGAACGUCCAGGACAGAGCUCUGGUUCUGUUGGAUCAGUAUCGCCAGAAGUCUCGUCUCUUCCGCUCUUCAGUUCUUCUCGUUCCUCUGGGUGACGACUUUCGUUACGUGGAGUCCAGAGAAUGGGACGCUCAGUUCAGCAACUACCAGAAACUCUUUGAUUACUUCGACCGGCACCCAGAGCUGCACAUCAAGGCCCGGUUCGGGACUCUGGCUGAUUACUUUGCUGCUCUUCAUCGGCGACUGAGCUCCACGGGAACAUCUCUGCCGACGCUCCGUGGAGACUUCUUCACGUAUGCUGACCGAGACGAUCACUACUGGAGCGGCUACUUUACAUCCCGACCGUUCUACAAACGUCUGGACAGAACCCUGGAGUCCACGCUCAGAGCAGCUGAAAUCCUAUUUAGCAUCACAUUGGCUGAAAUACGCCGUUUUCGUGGCGACAGUCACAUGUUUGAAGGUUUUCCAGCGCGUGAACACUUCCAGCAUCUGACCACUGGGAGGCGGAGCUUGGGGCUGUUCCAGCACCAUGAUGCCGUCACCGGGACCGCCCGCGACCCUGUGGUGAUUGAUUAUGGAACCAGAUUGUUUCAUGCCAUCCUGAACCUGCGGCAGGUCAUACAGAGCUCCGCCCACUGGCUGCUCCUGUUGGACAAGAGCCAGUACCACUACGACCAAUCAAAACCCUUCCUGCACACGGACGAGGUGAUCUCAGCGCAGGAUGCUCUGCCUCAGAAGACGACGCUCGUACUCAGUGACAAUCCCAGGUUGGUUGUCUUUAACCCCACAGAGCAGCUCCGUACCUCCGUCAUCAGUGUUGUUGUCGAUUCUCCAGACGCUCGUGUAGUUGAUGCAGAAACUGGUCAGCCAAUGGCUGCACAGAUCUCUGCGGUGUGGGCGGAGCCAAGCAGAGUGUCUGCAGAGGCCUUCCAGCUCUCCUUCAUUGCUGAACUUCCACCUCUGUCCCUGGUCGUGUAUCAUGUGACCAAAGCCUCUCCUGGCUCCACCCCCAGGGCCCGCUACAACAUUCAUCGUCAUGGCAGCUCACUGACCAUACAGUCUGAGCACUUCCAGGUGUCUCCUCUGGAAGGAAAGGAGGUCAACACCCCUCUGACUCUGAGCAACAAGCACCUUCAGAUAUGGAGCUCCCCCGACACUGGCCUUCUACAGAAGGUCCGCCUUCAGUCCGGUCUGGUUCGUCAGGUCCAGGUCCAGUUCUUUUGGUACGGAACCAGAAGCUCAGCGAACAAAGACAAGAGUGGAGCGUACCUGUUCCUGCCGGGGGAGGAGGGGCCUCAGCCCUACUCAUCCUCUGAGCCCCCACUGGUCCGGGUCACUAGAGGUCCGGUCUUCUCUGCCAUCACUUCCUGCUACAAACACUUCACACACACGGUCCAGCUCUUCCACCUGGACGGGCAUGCUGGGAAAUCUCUGGAGGUUUUCAACGUAGUGGACAUCAGGUCAGAGGUCAACCGGGAGCUUGUUAUGAGAUUUGUCAGUGACGUUGUCAGUGGCAACCGUUUCUACAGCGACCUCAAUGGUUUCCAGAUGCAGCAGCGGCGGACCCUGGAGAAGCUCCCCCUGCAGGCCAACUUUUACCCGAUGAGUUCUUCUUCGUUCCUCCAGGACUCCAGGAGCCGCCUGACGCUACUGUCGGCUCAGAGUCAGGCCGUGGCCUCGCUGCACUCAGGUGAACUGGAGGUGGUGCUGGACCGGCGGCUGCAGCAGGAUGAUAACCGUGGCCUCGGUCAGGGCGUCACCGACAACAAGCUGACAGCGAGUCUCUACCACCUGUUGCUGGAGGAGCGCCAGGGUGGGGCUCAGGAAGUGGGAGGAGCCUCAAUAGAGCACCUGUCUCUGCUCGCCCACCUAACCUCUCUAUCGCUCUGCCACCCGCCAAUCACCAUGGUCGCUCCAAGUGACAGCCAGCAGCCGAAGCUCCGCCCCUUCCUGCCCCUGCACUCGUCUUUGCCAUGUGACAUCCACCUGCUGAACCUGAGGACGCUGGAGGACCCACAGGAAGUAGGAAGUCCAUCACAGGAAGUGGCUCUCCUCCUCCACAGGAAGGGAUUUGACUGUAGCUCCGUCCCCAGUCCUCAGCCUUCAUGCACAUGGAGCGUGCACGAGGAGGUGGACCUGGAGGGCCUCUUCGCUCCUCUUCGGUUCCGUUCGCUCCGACGUUCGGGCCUCACUCUGCUGCGUGACCACGAUGAGCCAGGCUCCGCCCACCAGCAGCGACACGUUGCUCGGCUGCGUCCGAUGGAGAUCAAUGCGUUCCGAGUUCAGAUGGACUGAACAGAUGGAGCUCCAAACAACGUCAGAUUGCAGCCAGAAGGUUUAAGCUGUUACACUUCAGACAGGAAGCAGGAGGUCAGGUUUUCACAAUAAAACCAUCAGAGGCCAGAUUUUCAUACACAAAUAAAACACUGAAGCUCUCGUUGCUACGGCAACACAAUAGGACCAAUCGACCAGUGAAUGUGCGUUUCCAUGGCAACGCUCUGUUACUGUACUACUUGUAA